AUGCUCCGUGCUCUGUUACUGUAUGUUCUCGCAUUUUGCAGUACCGUCGCCACUCUGACGGCAAUCGUCGCUAUUCCUUCUCUUUACAACUACAUGCAGCACGUGCAAUCUUCACUUCAAACCGAAGUCGAUUUUUGUAAGCACCGAACAAAUGGUCUUUUUGAUCAGUACGAACGAAUGCAAAGAGUGAAGGGAGUUCGAGGAGGAAUUGUUAAGCGUCAGGCCGGAUACGAUUCCGGCGAUGCUGGAGUUCAGUCAGACGCAUCCGAACAAGCACCAACGUGCUGUAGCUGCAAGUCCGGGCUCGCUGGACCUCCCGGUCCACCUGGACUUGAUGGACCAGAUGGAAAAGAUGGUCUUCCCGGUGCCAAUGGAGAGCCCGGUGCAGAUGCCGCACCUGAUGCGGUGCCAACUGCCGAUGAUUUCUGCUUCGACUGUCCUGCUGGACCUCCCGGCCCACCUGGAAACCCAGGACCAAAAGGACCCAAUGGCAACCCAGGAGCUGAUGGACAGCCAGGGCCUGAUGGCCAACCAGGACAACCAGGUGCUCCUGGACCUCAAGGACCUCCUGGAGCUGAUGGACAACCCGGACAGCCUGGAGAACCAGGACCCCCAGGAAUUGUUGAGGAAGUCCCCGUACCCGAUGGUCCUGCUGGACCACCAGGACCUCCCGGACCUCCGGGUCCAGAUGGUCAACCAGGAGCGCCUGGACAACCAGGACAAGAUGGACCACAAGGACCCCCUGGCGACCCAGGUAGAGACGGAGCCCCUGGGAACCCUGGAGCUCCUGGUGAACAAGGUCCACUUGGAGAAACUGGAGCUGGAGGUGGCUGCGACCAUUGUCCUCCUCCUCGUACAGCACCUGGAUAUUAG